CCAAAGAUCAAAAUAUCCAUUGCUCUUUCUGAGCUUUUUCUUCUUAUAAUGGCUACUCCGUUACUCUCCUUCCUCUUCAGUCUCCUCCUUUUCUCCGCCACCUUAGCCAUCGCCGAACGAAUCGACGGCGAAGAUGACCUUCUGAUCCGUCAAGUGGUGCCGGACGCGGAGGAGCACCUGCUCAACGCAGAGCACCACUUCUCCGCCUUCAAGGCGAAGUUCGGCAGGACGUACGCCACGCAGGAGGAGCACGACCACCGCUUCCGCAUCUUCAAGAAUAACUUGCUCCGAGCGAAGUCGCACCAGAAGCUUGACCCCUCCGCCGUCCACGGCGUCACGAAGUUCUCCGAUCUCACUCCGGCGGAGUUUCGCCGCCAGUUUCUGGGUUUGAAGCCGCUUCUUCUUCCCUCCGACGCUCAGAAGGCUCCGAUCCUUCCGACCAACGACCUCCCUAGCGAUUUCGAUUGGCGCGACCAUGGAGCCGUUACUGGCGUCAAGAAUCAAGGUUCUUGCGGGUCGUGUUGGUCGUUUAGCGCUGUGGGAGCGCUGGAAGGUGCUCAUUUUCUUUCGACCGGUGAGCUCGUGAGCCUUAGCGAACAACAACUCGUGGAUUGUGAUCACGAGUGUGACCCGCAAGAGCGUGGAGCAUGUGACUCUGGUUGUAACGGUGGGUUGAUGACCACUGCAUUCGAGUACUCACUCAAGGCUGGAGGACUAAUGCGAGAAAAGGACUAUCCUUACACCGGAAGAGAUCGCGGCCCCUGCAAAUUUGAUAAGAGCAAAAUCGCAGCAUCUGUAGCUAAUUUUAGCGUUGUUUCCCUUGACGAAGAACAAAUUGCUGCUAAUCUGGUGAAGAAUGGUCCUCUUGCAGUUGGUAUCAAUGCAGUCUUUAUGCAGACAUAUAUUGGUGGCGUCUCAUGCCCAUACAUCUGCGGGAAGCACCUGGAUCAUGGAGUUCUUCUGGUAGGCUAUGGUGCUGGUGCCUAUGCUCCAAUUCGGUUUAAGGAAAAGCCUUUCUGGAUCAUAAAGAAUUCAUGGGGGGAGAGCUGGGGAGAAAACGGAUAUUACAAGAUCUGCCGUGGUCACAAUGUAUGUGGGGUGGACUCGAUGGUUUCAACUGUAGCUGCUAUACAUAUUUCUAACAAUUAAAUAUGGAUGCCUAGACGUCGUAGCGGGCACCAGUAUAGUGCGUAUGUAAAUAAUUUGGAUGGUGUCAUGUUAUGGAGGAGUAAACUACUAAGACCAUGUUUAUGAUUUACUUUAUUCUGCAAUUCUCUGUGCUAGGUUGUCUAGCUUCAAAACAUUACCCACCGUGAUCGAUAGUUAUUGUAUGUAACCUCAAUGUAAUGAAUUUGUGUCCCCAUAAUUAAAGUUGCCUCA